UGUAUUUGGUAGCCAGUUUGUAGCAAUGUGUCCGAAAGAGAAGCGUUGUAUGUAGUAUUUAGAAUCAGUACUUUCGUUAUAAUUGAAAUAUGACACAGAAUUCGCUUGCAAGACUGUUGUCGCUUAUUUAUUUUCGGCUGUUAUAAACUUUAAUGAUACGUUUGAACGCCGAUAAGCUAAACAUGCUAAUGCUAGCUGUAGCUGCUAGCUUGCUGUCGACAUAACAAGAACUUUAAACAUCACGUUAUUGUGGUCCUUAUACCGUGACUGUUAGAAGUCGGUUUAAAUGGGGUCUGUCAGAGCGAUGGCAUCAAAAAGACUCUUGUGUUUGUUUAACGGAAAAGCAGUCGGUUGGACCAGAACAUUAGCCCAAGUUGGAUGCAGCAGCUUCAGGAGAACUGUCUGCAGUUCACCUUCAAGACCGCAGAGCUACAUGUCAGCCUGGGUCAUCGAUCAGUAUGGUUCUAAUGGAGUUUUGAAGUUCACAGACGAUAUCACCAUACCAACUAUUAAUUCUGCCAAUGAAUUGUUGAUAAAAGUCAGUGCGGCGGGUUUAAAUCCUCUGGAUGUGUCUAUGAGAGGAGGCUAUGGGGCCACAUUGCUGAACUUGAGAAGGGAGCCAUUAUCCGUAAUCAACACCUAUAGUGAGUUUCCAUUAAUCCUGGGUCGUGAUCUGUCAGGUGUGGUAGUGGACUGUGGAUCUGGGGUAACUCACUUUGCUCCAGGUGAUGAGGUGUGGGCUGCGAUUCCUCCGUGGAAACAAGGCAGUCUGGCAGAAUAUGUGWCUCUGACGGAAUAUGAGGUUUCCCUGAAGCCAACAUCCCUGAGUCACACAGAGGCGGCGUCCAUCCCUUAUGUAGCCAAUACUGCCCUGUCAGCACUUGUCUGUGCAGGUGGUCUUUGCAGGGAAAACUCCUCAGAUAAAAGAGUUUUGAUCACAGGAGCAUCUGGAGGUGUUGGAACAUUCUCUAUUCAACUUUUAAAGGCUUGGGGUGCACAUGUUACUGUCACCUGCUCUCACAACGCUGAAGGCCUCGUUAGAGGGCUGGGGGCUGACGAGGUUGUGGACUACACAGCAGGAGAUGUGGCCGAACAGCUGGAAAUGAUGGAGAAGUUUGACUUUAUUUUAGACAACGUGGGAGGCGACACAGAGCAGUGGGCAUCGAGCCUGCUGAAGCCGUGGUCCGGGGCGAAACACGUCACUCUGGUCUCACCUUUACUGCUCAACACUGACUCCAUGGGCCUGCUGGACGGGACGUUUCACGCUUUAUUCAGUCUCCAUAACAGAGCCUUUAAGAACGUCAUAUCAAACGGAGUGUUCUACAGGUGGGCUUUUUACGCUCCGGAUGGACCUGCCUUGGACGAWGUCUGCAGGCUGGUGGAUACAGGGAAGAUUCUGCCCGUCGUGGAGGCUCGCUUUCCCUUUGCUCAGGYGCCUCAGGCCUUCCGGAAGCUGGAAGAGGGCCACGCCAGAGGGAAGACGGUGAUAAACGUCACGGAGGAGGAYGACAGCCGCACGGAGGAUGAGGUGCAAAAAACAGCGCAGCAAAACUAAAGAAAGAAGCCAAGAGAAUGACUCUCAUGGCUCUUUUUACCUUCAUGAGUCUGCAGACUUUAUAAUCCACAAAGAAAAGCUGUGAGCUGCAGAUCAUAAAACCAGGCUUGGGUUUGUAA